UCCGGCGUCUCUUUUUCUGCUUUUCCUUUGGCUCCAAAUCCUCUCUGAUUUUCUUUCUGAGAUUUUCUCAUCAUCCCAACGCUCUUUAUCUCUUUCCCACUGUAAUACCCACACAGUAGAAACACACUCGCCUCCUUCCACUCUCCUCCCGUCGCCGGAACCAAUGCCGGUCUCCGGCGAACCCGACCACAGCGGCAACUCUUUUUCUCACAUCCUAUCCUCAAAAACACCGUUGCUCAACCUGAAACUCUACAUUGUAGUCGCAAUUUUUGUAUUCUGCAUUCUGAUUUCUCUCACGAUGUUUCUUUGUAUCCGGUUGGGUCGAAGCUCGCGGAAACGGAAAGUGAAGCACAGCUCCGGUCUAAUUCCAUUGGUAUCCAAAGAGAUCCUGGAGAUCAAGUCCGUUAAUCCGAAGGUAGACUGCUUUCCUGACGAUUGUAAAACUGAAAGUGAGGAUCCAAAGAAGGGGGAGGGAGCGAGUGAUGACUCGCUGAGAUCAAGUGAUGUGUCGGUGGAGGUGCAAAACAUUGGCUGGGGCCGGUGGUACAGCUUGAAGGAGCUGGAGGAGGCGACGCGUGGAUUCGCGGAGGAGCUUGUGAUCGGAGAAGGAGGAUACGGCGUCGUUUACCGAGGCAUUUUACAGGACGGUUCUGUUGUGGCUGUCAAGAAUCUGCUCAGUAACAAGGAUAGGGGUCAGGCAGAGAGGGAGUUCAAGGUGGAAGUUGAAGCCAUUGGGAAAGUUAGGCACAAGAACUUGGUGGGUCUGAUUGGCUACUGUGCAGAGGGUUCUCAAAGGAUGCUUGUGUAUGAAUACAUCGACAAUGGGAACUUAGAGCAAUGGUUGCAUGGUGAUGUAGGGCCUGUUAGCCCUCUAACCUGGGAUAUAAGAAUGAAGAUUGCAAUAGGGACGGCAAAAGGGCUAGCGUAUUUGCAUGAAGGAUUAGAACCCAAAGUUGUGCACCGUGAUGUAAAAUCAAGUAACAUUCUUCUGGACAAGAAGUGGAACCCAAAAGUCUCAGAUUUUGGAUUGGCAAAGUUGUUAGGGUCUGAAUCAAGCUAUGUGACAACUCGAGUGAUGGGAACAUUUGGGUACGUCUCCCCUGAAUAUGCUAGCACAGGUAUGCUCAAUGAGGGAAGUGAUGUCUAUAGUUUUGGAGUUCUGCUUAUGGAGAUAAUUACAGGCAGAAGCCCAGUUGAUUAUUCUAGACCAGCUGGAGAGAUGAACUUGGUUGACUGGUUUAAAGGAAUGGUUGCAAGUCGUCGUGGAGAAGAGCUCGUGGACCCAUUGAUUGAAGUUCAGCCCUCUCCUAGAGCUUUAAAACGAGCCUUGCUUGUUUGUCUCCGCUGUAUAGACUUGGAUGCUCAUAAAAGGCCAAAGAUGGGGCAGAUAGUUCAUAUGCUUGAGGCAGAUGACUUUCCUUUUCGUUCUGAACACCGACCACCUCGAGAUAGAGAUCCUGUUCCUUCCUCUGUAGCCAUGUCCCAUGGAGUUCCAUACCCAGCAAAGCAAGGUGGGGGUGGCGAUGAAGAGAAACCAAGGUGGCGAUAAUUGCUCUGUGUUGAAGGCCUUACAGUUUCUGAGGUCAGAUUAUGUUGUAGAAUAAGAUUUCCAUUACAAUGUUACACGUCCUGAAUGUGCAUAUAUAUUUUCCUCUGUCCCAUACAUUUGCUAAUACAUUGCAGCAUAUUAGAUAUAUAUGUGAGCCUUGUAAAUAUGUACUUGUAUUCACCUUCACGCCAACCCAAAUGAAGACCAUCCAGGAUGGGAAGGUGGAUUUGCCGAAGCCUGGAUGCAGUUGCUGGAUUCCAUCAAACAACAAACGAGUUGGCGUGAUUAAUGCGUGGAUUAAAACAUUUGAUCUUAAUCCCAGAAUCGAGAUUUGAAUUGAAAUAAACGAAAUAUUUGGGCCACACCAUCCUAGGAAAUUCUCUCACGUAAGUUGGUUGAACAGUACCAGUAAGGAGCACUUUCCUGAGAAAGAGACCUCCAUGAUAGAUAAUCAAAGGAAGCACAUGCUUCUUCUCUAUGACGCCAAUACCCACCAUUGAUUGUUUUUUUAUCCUAAAAGCAAUGCAAUGUCCAGUAGUUAAUUUCUUCAAUAUAUUCAAAAAAAAAUA